AUGGCCAGCGGGCUCCCCUCUGUGCUGUGGGGUGCAGGCAUCAGGAGGGCACUGCUCAUCUGCGUCCUGCUGCUGCUGCUCAGCUCCUGGCAGGGAACAUCAGGUCCUGCCGGGAGCAGGAUAUUGCUCAGCGCCACAGCCAGCCAGGUCUCCUCCCCACCUGCCAUUCUCAAGUCAGGCCCUGAUGGGGGACCCGCACGCCACCGGGCAGUCAGGAUGACGCCAUUCUGGAGGAUGGUGGGCAGCAAACCACUGGGAGCCUACUGCCAGCACGGCCUGGAGUGCAGCACCAAGAUGUGCAGGAACGGGCACUGUGCUCCCCCACAGUACGAGUGCUGA